UCAGUUGUUGCUUGCACGUUGCUGUGAACGGUUGUGCCUGGUAGUGACGCCUUCAGGAUUGUGUUUUCCGGCUUUCCACAUUUUUAUACAACAAGGGAGAAAUUGGAGUGUAGACUGCAUCUACCAUUGAUCAGUAUCAGGAUCAUUUGGAUUCAUCGGUUUGGAAUAUAGAGACUGUGAGAGAGUGAGGGACCAAAAGCAAGCUGCUGAGCAGUCUCAUUGGCCAUACGAGUGCUGAACGUCGAACCGUACGGAUUACCUCCCGAGUUUUCUUCUGUGAAGAAAGUUUGCUAGUGCUUUAACCAGUGCCUUACCGAGUGCCACACCAGGUCCUCAGUAAUACAAGUGCAGUGCGCGCGUGUUGACACGAUACCGAUCUUGAGAAUCACAUUUUCCUCGAGGAACUGCUAAACUUUUAAACCCAUUUUCAAAAUGAGAGAAAUCGUUCAUCUGCAGGCCGGUCAGUGCGGAAACCAGAUUGGUGCUAAGUUCUGGGAAAUCAUCUCCGAGGAGCAUGGAAUUGACGCAACCGGUAUCUACCAUGGCGAGUCGGAUCUUCAGCUAGAACGUGUCAGCGUUUACUACAAUGAAGCCUCAGCCGUUUCCCGUUCGUCGGGUGGCAAGUAUGUGCCACGUGCAAUCCUGCUCGAUCUGGAACCGGGAACCAUGGAGGCCGUCCGCUCCGGAGUAUACGGUAAGCUGUUCCGUCCGGAUAACUUCGUGUUUGGCCAGUCCGGUGCUGGUAACAACUGGGCCAAAGGACAUUACACCGAGGGUGCCGAGCUGGUCGAUGCCGUGUUGGAUGUUGUCCGUAAGGAGUGCGAAAAUUGCGAUUGUUUGCAGGGAUUUCAACUGACUCACUCGCUGGGUGGUGGUACUGGAUCCGGUAUGGGAACGCUGCUGAUUUCGAAGAUCCGUGAGGAAUACCCAGACAGAAUCAUGAACACAUACUCGGUUGUCCCAUCGCCAAAGGUAUCCGACACGGUUGUGGAACCAUACAACGCUACUCUGUCGAUUCACCAGCUGGUCGAGAACACUGAUGAAACAUACUGUAUUGACAACGAAGCUCUGUACGAUAUCUGCUUCCGAACUCUGAAGGUGCCAAACCCUAGCUACGGUGAUCUGAACCAUCUCGUUUCGCUGACCAUGUCCGGAGUUACCACCUGCCUGCGAUUCCCAGGUCAAUUGAACGCUGAUCUGAGAAAGCUAGCCGUCAACAUGGUUCCGUUCCCACGUCUUCAUUUCUUCAUGCCUGGAUUUGCGCCACUUACCUCUCGUGGUUCGCAACAGUACCGUGCCCUGACCGUUCCAGAACUGACCCAGCAAAUGUUCGAUGCCAAGAACAUGAUGGCCGCUUGUGAUCCACGACAUGGACGCUACCUGACCGUCGCUGCCGUUUUCCGAGGACGCAUGUCGAUGAAGGAAGUCGACGAACAGAUGCUGGCCGUCCAGAACAAGAACAGCAGCUACUUCGUUGAAUGGAUCCCGAAUAACGUCAAGACCGCCGUCUGUGAUAUUCCUCCAAAGGGACUGAAGAUGUCGUCAACCUUCAUCGGAAACACCACUGCCAUCCAGGAACUGUUCAAGCGUAUCUCCGAACAAUUCUCCGCUAUGUUCCGUCGCAAGGCUUUCUUGCAUUGGUACACUGGCGAGGGUAUGGACGAGAUGGAAUUCACCGAAGCCGAGAGCAACAUGAACGAUCUGGUGUCCGAGUAUCAGCAGUACCAGGAAGCGACGGCCGACGACGAGUUCGAGCAGGAAGAGUGCGCCGACGAAAUGGAAGGCGAAUGCGUCUAAACCAACCGCCCCGGAGGCAUCCAACGGUUGUCGAGAAGCAUUUUUACUAUUUAUUACUUUUAGUUAGAUAAAUCGAACCGAUGUUUUAUGUGUACACAAACCGAAGAAAUAGUCUUUAUGGAAAUUCUAACAAUUCAUCUAAUCUCGGAUCUCAGCAUACUUACUAAUAGACACUACAGUACUACUCCCCGGUUUUGGUGUUCAAAAUCAACGCAAUCCAAUUUCCCGGCAAACCAAACCCACACAUCGACACAUAACAAUCAUCAUUCAAACUAAUAUUGUGUAAGUAAGAGAGCGAGAGUGUGAGAUAGUGUUGAAUUUGUAAGCGGAGACCCAGACUUUUUCCACCUUCCGGGCCCAAAACUGCAGCGAAACUCGAUUGCAUGAAAGUCAACAUUCAGGCAAUAUUUCUGAGGGAAAGAAAUACCUUGCGUUACUGAGAGGUUACGACUUUCAUGCCACCGCCCAGCCAGGAGGGGGGUGGAGGAUAGAAAUGCUAGGUAACUCCAAAGUUGAAGUUACGAAGACGGAGAGUGAAUAACGAUCAUGCUGCCAAUCGAACGUUGUUUGUGGACCAUUUUGCUGCUUGCUAUACGAUUCAUUUGCAUCAUUCAUCUAGCAAUAAAUCCAAAGAUUUUGUUUGUUUGUGAAAAGAAAUUUCGGUUUAACGUCAAAUAUCAGCCAAUCUUUUGUAUUUAUAAUUCGUUCUCUCUAGGCAAGAACAAUCAAUAUGAAUAUCGUCGUUCUUAAAUCUUUGAUCUAUCGCUAUUUGAUAUUUAUUUUUUGGAUAUUUAGAAACAGUUAUCUGAAAAUACAGGAAUUGUCAGUUUUAUUUUGAAUGAUAACUAAGAAGAAGAAAAAAAUACGAUUUUAGGCGACACAGACAUACUUACCUAUACAGUCAAACGUACACGCAUACAUCGAUACAAAUCGACAUGACGAUCUGGGACAAUUGAAAAGUGUUAGUACUUGAUACGGAUCAAUAAAAACAUAUUUUGUAUUUAUUUGUAA